AUGUCUUCUUUGGUCUCCGAGUUCAUCAUCAACCCGGUCCUCCGGCAAGCACGCCGCUUUUCUGAGAUUUCGAGAACCACUCUCGUCCCCGAAGCCGACGCUUCGUCCUCCGACAACCUCGCGGUUGCCAGCGACUCGGAAGCCCCCGCCCCUCGGCAUGCGACCGAUGCGCCUGCGGUGACUCCUCCGGACCGACCUCUCAGCGCAGAUACUCUAUCGCCGACCGUCGAAGCCGAGCAGCCCCCGUCCGAACCAGCACGUGCGCCCCCGGAAUCCUUCCCCAUCACCGUCCCGAUGCAUGUCCCCAAGCGUGAGGCCUUGCCGGCCGACGAUGGCAUGGGCGCAUUGCGAAAGCGCCUUAUCGAAAUCCAAGGCCAGGAGAUACGGGGGGAGGAAAAAGCCAGGCUCAUGCACGAGGUGCUGAUGGAGGGCUACCGCAAGUCCCGUGGUACUCCCCAGCAAGGCGACCCGCCUGUGGAUGCUCUGCCGGCCGGCGAAGCGUGGGAACAAACACUCCCAUCGGGACCCCUGGAGUCCCUGAAGUUCUGGCAGCAUCCUCCAGGGGAGCCAUCCUCUCCGGAAAAGUUUGUGUUGACGGCGGAAGAUGUCAGACCAACCUACGCCCCGGCAAAGCCCACGAUUCCUGGAGAGGUCGAGGGCGCAAGGGUUCUGGGCUGCCAGCACUACAAGCGCAACAUUAAGCUGCAAUGCUCGACUUGCAACAAGUGGUACACAUGUCGGUUUUGUCAUGACGCCGUCGAGGAUCACACUCUCAUUAGGAAGGAAACCAAAAACAUGCUUUGCAUGCUCUGUGCCUGUCCUCAAAGGGCGUCAGAGGUUUGCGUCAACUGUGGCGUGACCGCCGCUCGCUACUACUGCAACGUGUGCAAGCUGUGGGACGAUGAUCCAACCAAGAGUAUUUACCACUGCGGCGAUUGCGGCAUUUACUGCGACUGUCCCAUUUGUGGAGAUUACAUGUUCACCUCUCCCAAGCCUGUCGUGUUCAUGCCUUGCGGUCACAGCAUUCACAAGAGAUGCUAUGACGAACACAUGUUGCGGUCAUACAAGUGUCCCAUCUGCAACAAGAGUUUGUUGAACAUGCAAAGCCAAUUUCGCCAGUUGGAGUUGGCGAUUCUGAGCCAGCCCAUGCCUCCAGAGUUCAGGGACACGCGCGCCACAGUUCUUUGCAAUGACUGCAGUGGUCGAAGCUCGGUACCCUAUCACUGGUUAGGCCUCAAGUGCGCCAUAUGCACCUCGUACAACACGGUAGAAUUGCAGAUCAGCGGCGGAAGAGAAGGUGCAGCUACCGCGCAAGCUAUUCCCAGCCGCGGUGGAAGGGACGGGGCAACUACCACACGGCCACUUCCAAUCGACCCUCCAACGCCUGCUGCCAUAUUGGAGAUGGCUGCGAUCUUGGAUAGUCCGUUGGUUGGAGCCACGGACGGCAGUACAGGGAUUCUUGACCCUUCGUCAACUAUAGCCACUGACGGGACUGCCACGAGCACCGCCAUUGGAAGGCGCCGACAUUCCUCACACGCCUCAAAUGAGGCACAGGCACGGUUCUUGGUGCUAGAUCGUUUGGCAAGAUCAGCUUCUCCAGCGCCUACACCCGGUCUGCCACCGAAUCUUGCACGAAACCCUUUGCAUGGCGCGAUCGAGGAGGAGGAAUCAGACAACGAUAUACUGAACCUUUGGGGUCGGUUUCAACGUAGGUCUGAAGAAGACAGCGAUUCCAUGUCUACCGACUUGGAGGAAGAGGACGAUGAGUAUGAUGAGGAAGACGAUGACGACGACGACGACGAUGACAAUGACUUCAUGCUCAUUGGUCACCGUUGA